AUCCCCUUCCUCCUGGGGGCCGAGGGGAGGCAGCCAGACACACAACCGGGGCCAGCCAGGACUCUGGGAUUCCCCCUGGCCUGGGCUAGGGGGAGUGGCAGGAGACUCCAGCUGGAGAGUCUCCAGCCUCCUCCCCCCUGCCCCUGUCCCCGGGCUCCCCUACUCAGGCGGGGCUGACGGCUGGACUGGGCAGCUUGGGGGCUGUCCUGAAGGGGCCAUCCAAGGCUCCUCCUCCUCAGGAACUGGAGUGUUUUAAGGGUUGUUGAGCGCCCCCCCUUCGGGGAGCUCUGAUGUAGGGGAGCAGAUGUGAAGGGAGAGCACCGAAGUCAGACAGGUUAUGUCCAGGUCUCUGAGCCUCAGGCUCCUCGGCUUUCAAAUGGGGAUGGAGAUGCCCCUCAAGAUCACGGCACCACCCCAGAUGGGACUUUGUCAUGGUUCAGGCUGAGAACAGGAGGGACCAAAGGUGAGCUUAUCUGUGGGGGCUUAGUGUGACGGGCCACCAAGAGACUGAGAGGAGGGAUGAGGCACGACCUCACCAGUCUGACCAGAGUGACCCUGUGGUGGGUCAAACCUCCCAAGCUGCCCUGGACAGGCAGGCACGUGGGCGGGACCUCGGACCGGUCUCCCGGCCUGAGGGGGCACAAAACCCAGCUGGGGCCCUGAGACUUCCAUGACCAUAUUCUCUGGAGCAUAAUAACUCUGGACCAGCCGGCUGACGAGUCUGGGCAUGUGAGCCCUUCGAAGAGUUCUAGGGGGAGACUGACAGGGGCUGCCAAUGCGGGACCAAGGCGAUGGGGGCCACUCCAGGAGCUGGGGCGUCCACCUGAGAGAUGGGCGGUGAGAGGAAGGGACGACUGCUCUGUCCUCUUUCCUCUAGGAGCCCCCCUCCACCCAGCUCGCCUCUGGGCUCGCCUCUGGGCUCGCCUCAGGCACCCGCCUCUCCCCUUCCCACCCUGGAACCCACCUGCCCCCGGUAGCCGUGCGGGUUGGGGAGACCAGACCGCCAGCGUCGCCCACCGCUCAAGUGGGGCCCGCGACUUGAGCCCGCCUCCGCCCCUCGAUUGGGCGCUCAUUUAAAUGUCCGGCCCCGCCCCGAGCUCCGGGCGCAUAUAUAUAGGCGGCUCGGCGGGCGGCGGGCGGCAUUCUGGCGCGGAGCGGAGCGGCGGCGAGUGUUGCUAGCGGGUCCGGCACGGAGCGGGGGUGCAGCUAGGUUUCCCCCCGACACCCCUCCCCCUCAGGCGCGAGCCCCACCCCUCCGCCGGCCAGGCCCACCCGACCGAACUAUCCCCUGCGGCGCGAGCCCGGGGCGGCUCCGGGCGCCCCCCAGCAGAACCCCCACCAUGGGCAGCCAGAGCUCCAAGGCUCCCCGGGGCGACGUGACCGCCGAGGAGGCAGCAGGCGCUUCCCCCGCUAAGGUCAACGGACAGGAGAACGGCCACGUGAAAAGCAAUGGAGACUUAUCCCCCAAAGGUGAAGGGGAGUCGACCCCCGUGAACGGAACAGAGGAGGCAGCCGGGGCCACUGGUGAUGCCAUCGAGCCGGCACCCCCUAGCCAGGGCGCUGAGGCCAAGGGGGAGGUCCCCCCCAAGGAGACCCCCAAGAAGAAGAAGAAAUUCUCUUUCAAGAAGCCUUUCAAAUUGAGUGGCCUGUCCUUCAAGAGAAAUCGGAAGGAGGGAGGGGGUGAUUCGUCUGCCUCCUCACCCACAGAGGAAGAGCAGGAGCAGGGGGAGAUCGGUGCCUGCAGCGAGGAAGGCACUGCCCUGGAAGGGAAGGAUGCUGCCACCCCUGAGAGCCAGGAGCCCCAGGCCAAAGGGGCAGAGGCUAGCGCUGCCUCCAAGGGAGGAGACACAGAAGAGGCAGGGCCCCAGGCCGCAGAGCCAUCCACUCCCUCGGGGCCGGAGAGUGGCCCUACACCAGCGAGUGAGCAGAAUGAGUAGCUGGGUGGGGGCAGGUGGGUGAUCUCUAAGCUGCAAAAACUGUGCUGUCCUUGUGAGGUCACUGCCUGGACCUGGUGACCUGGCUGCCUUCCUGUGCCCAGAAAGGAAGGGGCUGUUGCCCCCUAGCCACGUUCCCUCUCCUCCUCUCCCUCCUGUGGAUUCUCCCAUCAUCCAUCUGGUCUUCCUCUUAAGGCCAGUCGAAGAUGGUCCCUUGCAGUUUCCCAAGUUAGGUUAGUGAUGUGAAAUGCUCCUGCCCCUGUCCCUGCCUCCUUCCCUGUCCCCACCUGUGCAGAAGGCAGUUGCUGGUUUUCUUCCCCAGUUCUUUUCCAAGUAGGCUUUGUUUACUCCCCAAAUCCCUGAGCCAGAGGUGGGGGUGCCUACUCCCACGCCCUGAGUGUCCACCUUCCCCUGUUGUUUGUAGUCUCCUGUGCUGGGCCUAGUGGCCCCUGGGCUGGGGAGGACACUGCCCCUGUCUAGGUUUUUCUAAAUGUCUUACUCAAGUUCGAACCUCCAGCUUGUGAAUCAACUGUGUCUCUUUUUUGACUUGGUAAGCAAGUAUUAAGCUUUGGGGUGGGGGGGAGGUAUGUAAUGUGAAACAACUUCUUGUUGUCUUUUUUUUUUUUUCCCUCCCAUUGUUGUAAAUAACUUUUAAUGGCCAAACCCCAGAUUUGUAAUUUUUUUUUUUUCUAACUGCUAAAACCAUUCUCUUCCACCUGGUUUUACUGUAACAUUUGGAAAAGGAAUAAAUGUCGUCCCUUUA